AUGGAGGGAUCAGGUCUGCGCCAAACGGGACACGCAUACUCCCAACGGCAGGACAACUUUCUGAACCUCGAACGGGAAAGAGAUCAAGACAAGCGACGAGAAGGUAGCAUAAAUACCUCCCACACGAGCAGAAGUCGCUUGAAAGGAAAAGGUCAUGCAUCCCAAAAGCGAGACAAUAAUAGGGCUCUACAACAAGAAAUCGACGACUUGAAGAAGAAGUUGCGCCGAGCGCAGCGAAGGCGUCCUUCCCCCAGUUCGGACACCAGCGAUGAGGAGGACAAUGAGUACAAGCAAAGGUCGAGAACCCCGUCAAGUAAAACCUUCUCCUAUGAGGAAGAGCAACCUCACAAACGCGGCCACAAAAGUCCGUCUUAUAAGGGCCUAGCAAACGACGCCAUGAGUAAGGCCUUGGAUCGCAUCUCUCAGUCACCCUUCACGCGCAGGAUAGAAGGGGCUGAGCUUUCUCGGCGGUUUCACCAACCCACUUUCGCCAUAUAUAAUGGUCGGACGGACCCCGUAGAGCACCCUCACGACGAUGCUCUAGUCGUCAUACUUGGGAUUGGGGGAUAUGACGUAAGGAGGGUGCUAGUCAAUCAGGGCAGUGCCAUGGAGGUAAUGUACCCUGACUUGUAUAAGGGGCUGAAGUUGCGACCAGAAGACCUGACAGCAUAUGACUCCCUUUUGGUGAGUUUCGAAGAAAAAACUGUUACUUCGAAAGGCCAGAUUAGGCUGCCUAUACAAACAGGCUCGGACAUAGUGGAGGUGGACUUCAUAGUGUUGGACGCAUAUUCGCCCUACACCGCCAUUGUAGCCAGACCGUGGCUUCAUGCCCUAGGAGUUGUAUCAUUAACCCUACAUCAAAAGGUGAAGUACCCGUCGGAGGGUCAGGUCAAAGAAGUGAUAGGGGACCAAGCCAUGGCCCAGCAAUGCAUGGUGUCCGCCAUCUCGCGACGACCGAGUACUGAGCCCUCUACCUCUGCCGAGAAUGGCUUAUAG